AUGCCAAGAACAUUGGGAAGAAACCUCCAAAUGUGCUUCCCCAAGAUCAUCUAUCCACCACCCCCUCAAAAAUCCAUCAAAAAAUUAAACCCUCAAGAAAAAACCAACCCUAACCCUAGCACUCUCUCCUCAAUCCUCAUCAAGAACUUCAACUCCCUCUACCAAUCCGAAGACUCCGACACUACCCCACCCGACUUCGCCGCCGUCUACGCCUCCCAACGCUUCUUCUUCUCCUCCCCGGGCCACUCCAACUCCAUCAUCGACUCCGCCACAUCAUCAUUAUCACUAUCACCAUCAUCAUCAUCAUCGUCGACGAACACUUGUUCGUCGACUAGGGCUGACAAUGUGGUGGUCGAUGGCUGCGUGGCUACACCGACAUUGUCGCCCGACCCUUACGUGGACUUCCGGCGGUCCAUGCAGGAGAUGGUGGAGGCGCGUGAGCUGGGGGACGUUAGGGCUAAUUGGGAGGACUUGCACGAGCUUCUCACGUGCUAUCUUUCGCUAAACCCUAGGAGCAUGCACAAGUUUAUUGUAGGGGCAUUUGCUGACCUGCUCGUCAGUCUCUUGAAUCCGGCCGGCCCCGGUCGGGAUUAG